AUGCGACGCUUAGACGCGAUUCGAUCUGCUUUGAAUAAGCAGGUGAAGAAGACAACCUCUACUAGAGGUGGAAAUGAAAUUCUUGAUACUGAUGGCGGUCGCAGAACCUCUGUUCCCGCUGGUCGAAGUGCGAUACCUUCUUUUGGUGACAUCGGCGCAUGGUACGUGGAUCCUGGGAAAAAAGCGAACGGUGGUGAAGCCGCUAUCAGAAGGGAUGCCUCGUGGCAGCAGGGCAUCGCAAAUGCGCAUGCAAUGCUGAAUUUCUAUUUGCAACGCACCCUUCUCGAAGGUGCGCUGUAUGUGAGUAGAACACCAGCGCCGAUGGCCUCUGGAAUGUCAAAAAUGUCUUCUGGUGUACCUCCCGGUGAUGGCAACACUAGAAGUACUGGCACUCGUCGUGCAACAGACGAGACUACUUCUAGAGCUACACCCACAUCAGAGACUACUUCUAGAGCUGCACACCAUCAACGGCUCCUUUCACCACGCCUCGCAACUUGGGGAAAGUGGAUUACGCAAGUUCUUGGCAUGCGCGGUGGGGCGCUAAAGGUGCUAGUAAACCCUGCAACAGGCGUGCAAGAAAGAGUUCAGGUCGCCUUAACCAUGUAUGCGGAUGGUUUCCUCACGGAGCUCGACACGACAGAAGGUGAUGACGAUGGUGAUAAUGAUGAUGUUGAUGUUGGUGCCCCUCAAGAACAAAAAGAAGAAUUCGAAAAAAGUGAUGAGACACAGGAGGAGGGGACGGGUGGAAAAGCGGCAACGAAGAGUCCGUGGAAUAGGGUAUACCCCGAAGCAGAGUGGUCGGAAAGCUGGGAGGAAUUGAGGCAAUCUGGAAAAGCCGACGUUUUGUUUACGUUCCCUGCUGUAGCUCCUCUGACCGACAUGAUGGGCCCCACCACUGCAUAUGCCCAUCGCACCCUUGACAAGAAUCUACAAUUUUCAAAGGGCAGAGUAAGAGAGGAUUUGGAUGAAGCUGAGACCGAGUCCGAGACGAGGGCAAGGACUUUCCGUCCGCCAAGGAAGCAAGUGCUAUUGAACGAAUUUAGCCAACACUCGCCUGAGUCGGAUCAGUUUUUGUGGGGUGUCCCGGAGGAAAACUGGACUAGCGUGAUCAGCAGAGGCGUUGCGAAAACGCUCAUAGUAGACAGCAAAAAACAAGAAGUCGACGUACCAAGACAAGUUGGAGGUGCCCAGCAGAAACCCACUAAGGCAGAGUUGCAAGGAGACCCCAUGAUGACUGUCUUCGGCAUGAGUAGCCAAGACUUUGGAAAGCCAGAACUUCUGCCAGAGAUGGAGCGAUACCUUGCACAGUUUCGAGACUUCUUGAUUCUAAGAGAGUUGAUGCAGAGCAUGGCAUCCAAGAUGGAUGUGCUCUGGCUUGAUGCGUGGAGGAUCCAGAGAACCGCAGGAGAUGAAGACGUCACAGUUACACCUUCCAGCACCCCUGCUAGAGAUGUUCCCAAGAAAACGUCGCACACUUGUAACAUGUUGCAAAAGGUGAGCGAGCUUUUAGGCAGUCUUAAGCUGAAGGACGAGAGGGACACUCCCUCUUUCUUCGCGGCAAUCGAAGGCCUAGUCGGUCUCACGUGGUCCGACAUGUCUGCUUUAGAGAUACCUCUGGGGAUCCCCACUGGCACACGGGAGACAGUGUUCGAUACCUGGAGACCCAGCCAUUUGUCAGAACGUACUUCGUUAUGGUCAGCUUUUCUCCAUCUCUCUCAGCGUCUCGGCACUUACUACCCUUUUCGUCCUAUAGACAUAGAAGAAUACAUCAGGAGGACGAAAAGUAUCCUAUAAUACAUGGAAAAACACAAGGGGAAGCAGGGUAGGUACCGAGAUGGGGGGGCCGAGAUGGAUUCUCACACACUCUAACUCUGGAUCUUUUUAUCGAGAAUUUGUUUCGCUUUUUCACCCGACGACCACUUGUUGGCUCUUCUUUCAGUGCGUGGGGCUCUGUAGCUCUGGCGCAGGACGACGCGCGUCGCGAUGAUGAUUCGCGGGAGGCGCGAAGGGAGCUCGAUACACGUGAGCAGUAUCGGGAAAGAGAUAAGGAAUUCGCACCAAUUUUUUUGGACGAUGAAGUGCUGAAAAAGCUGCGACGCAUUCAGCUGGGACAGUUGCGGCAGGGUCGGUCCUUCGGGAUGUCUGACCCACGACCAAUCAGGGAUCUGAUGCAAGACAUCACCCCAGAGCCCACUGCUAUGGCUUCUACCAGAAGUACAUCUUCAACGCGACCUGGUACAACAACACGACUAGGAAGCCCUCCUCAAGAAGAAAACAACAUGGAAAUUGACCGCAUCCAAAGUGUCUUCGGGGAACGCUUGCGUGAAGCCGGUUCUCAAGUCUAUCAGCAACUGAAAACGUUGCAGGAACAGGGAAGGAAAAGCACCAACCAAGCAGCUUUCCAAUUAGUACGGCUUUGGGCUGAUAAGGUAAUACCACAAUCACCAUCAGGCACAGGUGGUGGUGGAGGAGCAGGAGUUGGUGGCACUAGAGGGGGAUCAUCUACAACUUCUUCUUUCUUUACUCAGAGAUUAGAUCAGGUCGUCCGACAAAAGGCGCCGGAAGCAUUUGCCUUCCUUGAGGAAAUUAUGAGAACAAGGAAAGGCGGCGGUGGGACGACGAAAAAGCCGCAAAGAGCUACGCAAGAACAACAGUCAAAGGGGCCGCGCGGCGGCGCUCACCCGGAUGAGCGAUAUGGGAAUGCUUACAAGCACUUCAUCUCGUUGCACAAAGCGGUCUCUUCAACAGACCCUUUUAUCUUAUUUUCUGCGGGUCCGGCUGUUCAAGCUCAAGGACCACAAGCGGAGCAUCCUUGUCCUUCUCAAGAACAACAGCGUGAUCAACAAGAAUCUGAACCUUCUCAACCAGUGCCUCCAGAACCAAAACCAAGCUCGUCUGGUGCGUCAAGUAAUAGACCCACUGUUCCUGUGCUUUUUCUCGAUGAUCCAAACUUGCCAGACCAGAUGGGUUUAGUGAAGGACAUAGUUGAAUUGGAAGGGGUCCACAAUUUGGAGCAGGCAAUGAUACUCUCUUCUGGCGAUAUCCUAAACAAACUUGCCCCAAAGCUGGCGAUCCCUGAGGAGGCGAAGGUAAAAGAUCCAAAAUUAGACGUGCAUUUUCGUCAACAGUGGAUCCGCAACGUGGAUGAAGCGAUAACUGGUAAUGUACUACUAGACCCCUUAUUCGACGAGGAGACUAGUCCUCGUUUAACGGGUGCGUCACGUCUGGAAAACAUCGCGCUUUCAGAAGCUUUCAAGCAAGUUGUGACGAACAAUGAGGCUGCUAAGGAGAAAGCAAAAAUCAUGGCAAAGGCCGGCGGCGCAGAUAAAGAUGUGAGUAACUUUGUAACGAGCAUGAGCGACAAGGUGCGCGGCAUCGUUCAGAAAGCCAAAGACUCAGGCUCUUUGUCUUGGCCAAUGAUCGACUACAACCCUGAAAUUAAGGCGCCAAGAAAGAAUCCAUCUUCACAGGCAACAUCUUGGUUCUCCCGUUUUUUCAAAGGGAAAAUAAAGGGAACAGCCAAGAUGCUGAAGUAGAUGACGGACUUGUCCAUCUCCUAGCUCUAAUGAAAGUGAACAGGGAAAGCUGUGGAAUUUUCCUCCACUCGGGGGCGGCUUGGCGUUUAUUGGAAACACCUACGCGGCGGAGACGAAUUGGCUAAAGCAGGCAAUGAUGCGUGCAAUCGCUGCAAAUGAAUGGGAGGACAGUUCUCAGCUACUACUCAACGACGACCCUGUCUAUCAGGCAUUCUCGCCGGGCGGUCUGUAUCUUACUCUAGAUAAGAGAAUGCUGUUACAACAUCUUCACCUGAACGUCAACGAAGGGGAAGAGGAAAAAGAAGAAGAGGAUCAUGUUGGUCGUUCGGGUGGGACAUCACGAUCACUAGGUGGCGCAAGUAAAAAGCGAGUUUUCUAUACGGUGUCGAAUGUUUUCCGAGGUCUGCAGGUCUCCAUGCAACUCGUAUCCAGGUUUAUGGAUGAAGCUAAGCUUCAGGAAGAUCGCCGGCUGCACAACUUGAUACGCGAGCUGCGGAUACGUCAGGGGCAAAAGCCAGGCGAAGAGGCUGUCUCUGAAGCGAUAUGGAAAGCGAAGGAUAUGGACGCUCAGGAAUUGCGGAAGCAUGAAACUUUUGCCCAGUGGCUGCAACGACGUAAAAACACAGAGGUGGAAAACGCAGCCGCGACCAAGGCACUUACUAAAGGAGCCAGCUCCUUCUUGCAACAGCACUUACCUACAUCCAGAUCUACUUCUCCGUUCUUGGAAUCAUUUUCCGGAAAUUUUACUCGUCUCGAGGUGGACGCUAGUUCUACUGAGAUGGAUGAGCGCCAGAGCGGCACAAGCACAACUUUUCUCGAACACACAAUGAUGAUGACCCAGAAGAUACAUUUGAAAAUGAAGCCGCGUGGUCGUCUCGGAGCGGGGCAACUGCAGGCCGUCACAAAAGAAGUUCCAGUUAAAAAUGAGGCACCGUCCCAAGCCGACAAGAACAUCCAGGCUUCGCACAAAGCGAUGCUGCACAGUCUCCUGCGGCUUUUUGGGAUAGUGCAUUUGUGGAACAGUCGCGGCUUCAUUUCUCCACGUGCCAAAGCCGCUGCUGUGGCGAUAUUGCAAACUCCGAGUGCCCUCAGCCUGCACAAGAAUGUUUUAGAGGAGUUCUCUCUUGAUGACGGCAGUCUGGGAGAGGCGGAGAAGCUACAGAAAGCAGCGCUUGAACAGCGAUUGUUGAAAGCAGCUGGUCGAGCAGCGAAACCUCCUUCGGCAAAGAUACCUGCUCCACGAACCGUUGCCAGCAUUCUGAAGGGUUUGACACUAUCGGAGGCGAAGGAGUUGCGGGAGAUAGUGAACGGUCUGCCCGCGGAGCGCGAUCAGCUUCUUAAGCGGAUGAACGAAGGAAAGGCCAUGACAGCGAACGGGAGUGCAGAUUUCCGAAAGAUUAAAAAUCUCAAGGGAGAAGAUAUUCAUAUUGGAGUAUCUAGCUCAAGUUCAGGGCGCGGGGAUGAAGAUUCUGAUGAAGAUCCUGCUCAUGGUGGCAUUCCCUGGCUCAAGUCGGCAUGGGAUUUUCUUCAGAAUGUGCAACAGCAAACCGAAGAAGAUCAAAAGAACAGAGUGCUCAAGGAUGUUCAGGAUAAGCUGAGUGUUUACCUAGGCUUACCAGGAUCAGGAGUUCCUGCGCGGCCAGAGAAGAUGGACAAAGCUUCCCCGAUAUUCCAGAAGAAGACGAAACAGCGAAUCAUUGAAGUGGCGGAAAAGGUUGCAACCGAGGCCAUGAAUCAGAUCAAGAAUGAUGUGAAGGACGCCUUCCGGAAGGAAAGGAACGAACAACAAAGAGAACGCCAGCGUUUUCAGCAAAAGUUGCUCCAAGAAAAGCUCGACGGGAAAAUGGCUUCAGCUAGUGCACAAGAGGUGGACGAUCCAGUGCUACAAAAAGUGUGGGCGCCAGGAACAGAGGACAGCAAACUUCCUUUCUUAGCAAAAGUUCUCACCAAAAAAUGGCGGUUAACACUGCACCCUGACAAGAGUACAACAUAUCCUCAGUUCAAAGACGCAGUCGAGAAAGGCCUGACGCUGAAAGAUAUUCGUAUAGACGAUAAAACUGGCCCACUUACGGGUGAGGAGGAUGGAAAGUCGAUCUCGAUUGCAAUGCCAGAUCUGAUAGAGAAAAUGAAUGCAAUUGUGGCCGAAGAAAUUCUCAGGAGAUACCUAAACGCUUAUUGGAUGGACUUUCUUUGUGCAGGAAAAAACCCCGCCUCGAACCCUGAAACGUCCUAGACGAUCAAAAAUACAGAUAGGGAUAGAGAUAUACAGUUAUCAAAAAAUAGAAAGUAAGAACUUGGGCACUUUGCCGAGUUCGAACUAAAAUUUCAAGUUGCCAUUAUGUAGAAAUGAACACGAAGUAAAUACUACUAGGCACUUUGCCGAGUAGGACUAGAAGUUGUGGAUGCAAAGCAUAAAUAAAAUGUAACUGAAUUAUUCGAGAACUACGAAAAACGAUGUCCUCGAGUAUUUAGUUGCAAACAUUUUUUGAUCGGGGGCCUGCAAAUGAACCACGACACUGCAAAUGAACGACGACACAUUAAUUGGAGGGAUACAUGUGAUUUCUGCAUUGAAAAACGAAACCACAGCAAGACAGUAGCUAAGUAAAUAGAUAAUGACUAUAGCUCACUACUGAAGGCAUAGGCAACCAGUUGAGUACAGAAGUAAAGCUUAGCGAAUAACUAGAACAACAGCAAAUGGACAGUAAUUAGUAUAAGGAUGCUCGUGUUUAUUUUUCUUUGGUUUUCCGGUUCGUUGCGUCACGAAGUAUCGUAAGACUUGCGUCGCGCUAGGUCUUUCGAUUGGAGUGCUUGCGGGAUGUGUGGCGUUUGAUC